AUGUCUGAUAUGCUGCGCCGAGUAAGGGAGAAUCAUGAGCUUCAUGGCAUCCGUCCUAACUGGAUAGGCGAGGAGGUUUUUCAUGAUCUUGUUACAUAUUGGAGGAGUCCAGAAUUCCGGGCUAAAUCAGAAACUUUUAAGAAGAUGAGGGCAUCUGAAAAGGGCGGUUGUGUCAACACAGUUGGAAGUAUUAGCACCGCCGAGCAUGCCCGACGAUUGGCUAAGGAGUUGGGGAGAAAACCAUUGAUGCCUGAGCUGAUUUCGAGGACCCGGACAAGGAGAUCGGGAGGUUUUGUCGACGAGCGCACGAAGUUGUAUCUUGAAGAUUAUGAUAGGCGACUUGCCAUUUUUCUGGAAAAUAAUCCUCAAUUCAUGCCAGCAGAGGGGGAGCCGCUAAAUGCGGAUGUUGAUCACUAUAUCUGGUGUGAGGUUAUUAAAGAAAAAGGACCUAAUGGUUGCUUUUUUGGUGCUGGAAAUUUGGCGGCCAGCUAUAGACGUGGUGACCGCAAUCUGUUUCAAAGACUUCAGGAUGGAGAGGGUGGAUCGCGUCAACCAAAUCUGACACAGGAACAAACUGAAUUAGUAAGGCAAUUGGCGAGACGCGAAAGUGAGGCCCAGAUCGAGAUGAUGCGGAAGAAGCAGGCUGAUAUGGAGGAGCAGCAUGUGCGACAGAUGGAGGGAAAAAUGGCAGGCAACCCCACACGACUUAGACAGGGCAGAGAGACCCAAAUAACGUCGGCUAGACGCGAGCGGGCGACACAGUUGGCAUCGACACAAGGAAGGGGUAGAGUACAAGUACCCGUGCAUAUGGAUGAGGCUGGUUCCUCAUCUGGAUCGAGGAGUCGGCUGGCUCGGGUGUCUUCUUCCCGUCAGGAUGAGGUACGAGAGGAUGAGGAGGAGGUGAGAUACGAGGAGGAUGAGGAGAUACCUGAUGUUGACCCUCCGCACGCGGAGGAGGAGGAGAAUGGCUUCCCGGGAGGAAAGGCUGACGAUAAAAUCCGUUAA